GUGUCAGCUAAAGUUUAUUGGAAAUUUGCGCGCCACAGGGCUCCCAGUGUUUUUAAAAAAACAAUUAUCUCCAUGAUGCUUUGCAGGCCACACGUCUUAGUAACCGAAACCCUCUGUCAAAGAAAACAUGGCGGACACAAGCGAAGUGCCAUCAGAACAGGCGGCGGCAACAGGCGAAGAAAGCAACACAGGCCAACCGCAAGAGGCUAUGGAUACUUCCCCUCAAGCUGAAAUUGGUCUUACAGAAAACCUACAGAAAAUCAUUGAGAAAGAGAAAGAAGAGGCCGACAAAUCCACCAAGGCUAAAGUUGAUCUGCAAUCACUACCAACAAGAGCUUAUCUUGACCAGACAGUUGUGCCCAUCUUGCUUCAGGGUUUAGCAACACUCGCCAAGGAGAGACCUCCAAACGCCAUUGACUACUUGGCAGCCUACCUUUUAAAGAACAAAAGCCAGUAUGAAGAGAGCCCUUAGAUGUAUACCGCCUCAUAUACUGCUUUAUUUUGUAUGUACAUAAAUACAGAGUUGCACUUUAAACAGCCUUGAAGCUUUGCAUAUUGCAGUUUUGGUGAUAUGGGUUUAUGUACAAUGUACAUUGUUUUGCUAGAGUAUUUGUCAAGGAAUAGGGGAAGAAGUAAGUUUAAGGUAUAGCCUGUUUGCCAGCUCUCACUUAGACUUAGCGAGGUUUAUUUUGAAACAACAACAAAAAACUACCAAACACUAUGGUUUACUAUACAGAAGUGCUCUCUGAAACCAUGCAGCCCCUACUUCGCUAGCAGAGGUUUCCCCCUCUCUCACUGGACACAAAAGUUGGGACCCCAGAAUUAAAAAUCAUUUUUUACUGUUAUAUGCAGAUAGCAGGCUAAACUGUCCAACAACAAUCAUCAUAUAUUACAAGUGCAUGAUUUUUUCUUUCAUAAACCACAAAAUCAUACUUUGAUAUAUAAAUGCAUUCAUAUGCUCUGGAAACUCAAUUUCCAGCUAGAACCAAUUGAUAUGAUCUGGAUGUAACACAUUAUAUUUCCGAUGGUUUUAGUGAGAUCUCCAUGCAUGUACAUAUGGUUUUAGCACCUCUCAAAUGCCUUAUCUUCUUGGAAAAUUAUGCAGAAACUAUGACUAGCUGAUACUGAGUAAAAUUCUAUAUUAUUUUA